AAUUAAUGGUACCAUAAGCUACAGUUAAAAACGCAAGAAAUUUCGCAGAAAUGGUAACCUCCACCUCCACAAUCCAAUCCGAUUUUCGUUCCGCUCUCCACAUCGCCAAUUUCUUCAUUUCACCACGCGCCUCCCGGACGCGCCGCCCUUUUACUAACCGACUGUUUCUUUCCUCUUCUAAAACUAAAGCGACGUCUUUUCCAUUCAGAGCUUUCUCCACCGAUUCUACUGACCCUGUGCUCCCCGUCAAGCUUCGUGAGAAGCCGCCUGUUUGUACUGCCGAUGAGAUCCACUAUGUCUCCGUCGCCGAUUCCCAUUGGCGCCUCGCUCUCUGGCGUUAUCGUCCUUCUCCUGAGGCGCCUCCGAGGAAUCAUCCACUAUUGCUAUUGUCUGGAGUCGGCACUAAUGCCAUCGGUUACGAUCUCUCACCAGGGUGUUCAUUUGCGCGAUACAUGUCCGGUCAGGGAUUUGACACAUGGAUUCUUGAAGUUCGAGGUGCUGGAUUGAGUGUACGGGAAACAAAUCCAAAAGAAAUUCAGCAGUCUGCGCAUGCAGUCUCUGAACAGAUGGAAGCUGUUGCUAAGACUGUAAAUAAUGGAGCCUUAUCUAACAAUCAGCAGCCAAUUAAUGUUUCCAGUGCCUUAUUAGAUUCUAAGGAUUUUACUGUCAAGGAGGAUCCAACAGUUAUGGUAACUGUGUGGGAUGAAUCAAAGCUGGUAUCAAAGUUGACUGAAACUUUUAUGCGUUUGUCAGAAAGACUCUCUGGCUUCCUCAGUGAAGGCCAAUCAAAGAUUAUUUCUGCUAAAUUAUUUGAUCAGAUAGCAAAACUUAUAGAAGAUUCUCAGUUAUCUGAGCGCUUUAAUGAGAUAAGGGGGAAGCUUUUAAGCUUGUUAGAAACAAGACAAAACACAGUUAUUGCUAGUCAAAUCAGGGAUCUGAGUGAAAGGCUUGUAAAUAUUUUUGAGGAAGGUCAAAGAUCUGUUUCACCUCAGUUGUUUGACUUGCAAGAGCGUCUUUCCUCGACCAUAGAAGAUUUCCAGAAACAGCUUGACUUGAUUGUGCAGUAUGACUGGGAUUUUGAUAAUUACCUAGAAGAGGACGUUCCUGCUGUGAUGGAAUACAUAAGGGCAGAAAGCAAGCCAAAGGAUGGUAAAUUGCUUGCAAUUGGACACUCCAUGGGAGGCAUCUUGAUAUAUGCUAUGCUUUCACGUUGUGGUUGUGAAGGAAGAGACCCUGGAUUGGCUGCUAUUGUUACUCUGGCAUCAUCACUUGACUAUACGUCUUCAAAUUCGAGACUCAAAUUGCUUUUGCCUUUGGCAGAUCCUGCUCAGGCUCUUAGUGUACCUGUUGUUCCUUUGGGGGCAUUAUUGUCAGCAGCAUAUCCUCUUUCAUCUCGCCCUCCUUAUGUGUUGUCUUGGCUUAAUUAUCUCAUAUCAGCUGAAGACAUGAUGCAUCCAGAGUUGUUAGAAAAGCUCGUCUUGAACAACUUUUGUACAAUACCCGCCAAACUUAUCUUGCAGCUUACAACAGCUUUUCGGGAUGGUGGCUUAUGUGAUAGAAGUGGUAAAUUUUUCUACAAGGAUCAUCUAUGCAAGAGCAAUGUACCUGUGUUAGCCUUAGCUGGAGACCAAGAUCUAAUUUGCCCACCUGAAGCUGUGGAAGAAACUGUUAAGCUCUUCCCCAAGCAUUUGGUUACUUAUAAGGUUUUUGGAGAAGCUGGAGGUCCACAUUAUGCACACUAUGAUCUGGUGGGAGGACGACUGGCAGUGGAGCAAGUUUAUCCUUGCAUAAUACAAUUUCUUAGUCAUUAUGACUGACGUGAUUGUCCAGGCAGUAGAACUUCAUUACACACAACUCACUGCAGCACCAAGCAUGAUUUUACCAGUACACGAAAUGCAUGUCUUGGAUAAUUGCUGAAGUAGACAUUUGCAUUGAUGAUGAAGUGAUUCAUGGAAAAAGAUUAUUGGAGUCUAGAUCUGAAGUUAAACACAAAAGGACUGAAGUUUAAAUGAGCUUUGUUGCUGAUUCUCAAAGUUGAACGAAAGUGCCAGCAGAAGGUCAAAUAAAAUAAAUGCUUAUGUUUUCUACAUUCAAUUCAUCUGGAUCAAGGUUAAAUGUUGCUAACUUGCCUGUAUAUCAAAGUCAAAAAGAGGAUACAAAAUAUAUUCUUGAAUAAAUGAAUUGUCCCUUAUCCAAAUUUUUGCACUCACUGUAUCUUAGUGUUGCAAUAAAUCCUCAAAUCAGUUGCUGUUGCACCA